AACUUCGGACUACCAGCCCAGUUCUGGGUCACCGCAAUUGCUACCUUUGCUUGACAUUCUGAACGGCAGCGAUCCGCUGAUGUCGACCCUGCCUCACAUGGCUGAAUGGCGUCGGAGGUGGAACAUCGACCGCAAGCAGCUCGCAAGGGCGGCGGCAACCCCGGCGGCGUAAAUGAUCCCCCAACGACAUCCAGAUCCUCCUCGCGCCCGUCGCAACCGGUCGCAAAGUCGGCCACGGGGCGGGUCUGGGCCCUCAUAAACGGCGAAGGCGCCGCGGAGCCGCUCGAGCCGGCGGCAGCAGCGGCAAUAGCCCGGCCGCUCGACGGCCUCCAGCCUCUCUUCGCCGAUGCGACCGACUACGCCUCCGACUCGGGCGACGAGUCGUCGUCACCGUCGGACACGCUCUCCCCCGUGUCAUCGCCUCCGCCGCCGUACUGGGCGGGCACGCACGCCCGCUCCGUCUCCAACACGUCCGUCGAGAGCGUCCUGCCCGUCGGCGCCAUCACGCUGCAGGAUAACGAGCACGACGACGGGCCCGGCGGGAGCAACGUGUAUGGCCGGGACCGGAACCGGGCGUGCUGGGCCAAGAGCGUCGAGGUGACCGACUUUGUCGUCGUGAACGGCAGCGCUACCAAUAUCGGGGCAUUUGUCGUGUGGAAUAUCCGCGUGGAGACUUUGAAUGGCUCCUAUAUGAGUAUCUGCAAGCGAUACUCAGAGUUCGACGACCUUAGGAGGCGGCUUAUGCAGACCUUUCCAAACUUCAAGGCCGCCAUGCCAGAACUGCCGCCUAAAAGUGUCAUAUCAAAGUUCCGGCCCAGGUUUCUGGAGAGGCGCAGGGCCGGCCUACAAUACUUCCUCAACUGUAUAUUGCUGAACCCUGAGUUCUCUGGCUCUCCGGUUCUCAAAGACUUCUUAUUUUCGUGAACAUAUUUCUCGCUUAUACUGGUCGUUCGUGGGUGGGGGACAAACGAAGGCUGGUUAAAUUAAGCAUAUCUAACAUCGACUAGCAGAGUAAUUAUAAUUUGGAAAUUUGACUACUCUUGGGCGCGAGAGCCUAGAUACUCAGGUU